AUGUCGUCUGAACAACAUCUUCAGCAACAACAACAGAGACGGCUACCUGGGAACCCGUUUUUUCCUUCAAGAAACACAGGAAGCAGUCUAGAUGCACCGGUAAAUAUCCAGAAAUUUUUACGCACUAAUCAUAAAAUUUGUUUUAGUCUGAAAAGAUUCGAGAAGACAAACGAAAUGUUGAUGAAUUGCGCUCAAUUGGGGGACCGUCGAAUCGAGAAAGCGAAAAAGGAUUCGAUAGGACACAAGGAUACGAUUCUGCAGAUGAAAACGGAUCUCGAGUUCAUUUUCAAAAAGAUUCGCAUGUUCAAAACAAUUUUGGCGUCCAAGUAUCCGGAAGUUUACGCAGAAGUAUCUACGGAGCUGGCACCGAAAAGGGACGUCGAUGAUGGAUGA